ACACUUAGUAAAUUUUUGUUGAUGCUAAUGUUGCAGAAAGUUGGGGAAUGAAUGGAGAUAACCGGAGUGGGGACUCAGAGUUCUUACUCCUUGGGAUCUCAGAAAAUCCUGAGCAGCAGCAGAUCCUGUUUUGGAUGUUCCUGUCCAUGUACCUAGUCACGGUGGUGGGAAAUUUGCUCAUCAUCCUAGCCAUCAGCUCGGACUCCCACCUGCACACUCCCAUGUACUUAUUCCUGGCCAACCUGUCUUUCACUGACCUCUUUUUUGUCACCAACACAAUGCCCAAGAUGCUGGUGAACCUUCAGUCUCAGAACAAAGCCAUCUCCUAUGCAGGAUGUCUGACACAACUCUACUUCCUUAUCUCCUUGGUGACCCUGGACAACUUCAUCCUGGCAGUGAUGGCAUAUGACCGCUAUGUGGCCAUCUGCCGCCCCCUCCACUACACUACAGCCAUGAGUCCUGGCCUCUGUUUCCUGCUCCUCAUCUUGUGUUGGAUCAUCUCCAUCCUCUAUGGCCUCCUGCUCACCCUCCUCAUGACCAAGAUGACUUUCUGUGGGUCACGGAAAAUCCACUACAUCUUCUGUGAGAUGUAUGUCCUGCUGAGGCUGGUGUGUUCCAGCACACAGAUCAUUCACACAGUGCUGGUUGCCACAGGAUGCUUCAUUUUUCUCACUCCCUUAGGGUUCAUGAUCAUGUCCUAUGUCCACAUAGUCAGAGCCAUCCUCAGAAUACCCUCAGCCUCUAAGAAGUACAAAGCCUUCUCUACCUGUGCUUCCCAUUUGGGUGUGGUCUCCCUCUUCUAUGGGACACUUGGUAUGGUAUAUCUGCAGCCCCUCCAAACCUACUCCAUGAAAGACUCAGUAGCCACAGUGAUGUAUGCUGUGGUGACCCCCAUGAUGAACCCCUUCAUCUACAGCCUGAGGAACAAGGACAUGCAUGGAGCUCUGGGAAGACUUUUAGGGAAACCAUUUCACAAGUUGAAAUGA